AUGUCACCCACUAUGGACACCUCAAUACCCAUGAAAAAGAAAGUUAAAACUGAUGACAAGUCUCUCACUCCAACCUUAGGGGAGGAGUAUUCCUCAUCUUCUACCACUGGAAAGAAAAAGAAAAAAGUGAGUUGGUCUUCUGAACUAGAAAAGGUCAAACUGAUUGAACCUAGGUCUGCCCAUAUAGAAGAAAAUGCAGGACAAAAUUCAAAUGGAGUUCACAAGACCGUUCAAGAAUUAUUGAAUGAAGAAAAAUCAAGAGAAAGGACAUUACUCAAUCAACAAAGACAAUUGAAACAAUUAAUUUUAUCAAACAUGAAAAAUACAGUGCCUGGAGUGAGUCCUCUAAGGCCUAUCAUUAAGGAACACAAGUCAGACCAAAUUCCAGAUUUAUCAAGCACAGAAGCCUCAAGAAUUGCUGCAGAGGUGCAAAAAUCUCAAUCUAAGAUCGUUCACGAAUCUCCAAAAUCUCCUGACACCGUUCCAAAUAUUGCAGAGAUUUCAAAUUUACUCAGUUCCUUUAAUCGACUCAAUCCAAUGAUGACCAACGUUGCCGUAACUAGUAAUGCUGGACACUCGGCGAGUUCAAUGCCAACUUCCUAUGCGACUCCUUCACCUUUCUCAACAUCGUCGACCCUUCAUCAUCACACGACCAUUGUGUCCCCAUCAAUUUCUCCAUCUGUGGCCACGACUGUUUUUCAACAAUCACCUUCUUACUACCGUCCACAACAAGCUCAAGUUCCACCACCACCACAACAACAACCCAUCUUUACUCCAAUCAUGACCAAUAUUUCCCAACCACCACCUCAACCACCACAACAACCACCAUCCCAUCAUCCAUCACGCCAACCUAAUCACCAUCAUCAUGCUCACAAUCGACAAUCCAACAGAAAUCAACAACAAUCAAAUAAGCCAAGACCUCCUCUUAAUCCUCCACCACCACCACAAGGACCUGUGGAGCCAAGAUCCUUCAAGCCCAUAAAAUGUUUAUUUUACCUUAAAGGAAAUUGUAAAAAUGGAACAAAAUGUGGAUUUUAUCAUGAAGGUUAUGACAUUCCUCCUCAAGAGGGAGUUGAAGAAUAUAACUUUGAGAAAGCCAAAUACUUCCAGUCCUUGAAAAACUCCACUGUGGGUACUUCCACACAAAACAAUCCAAGUAGUAACAGAAGAUGA